GAGAGACUUAAAAGAAAUAGGAGGGGCUUGUGAGAGACUAGAAAUGUCAAUCAGAGCCCAGAGUCCCAAUAAUCUCAGGCAAUCUGUUAGGACCUGACCUGGGUCCACUCAGAUCAAUAGGAAAAGUGAGAGAAGAAAGAAGCGAUCGGAUCGUUUACCGCGGCGACCGAGAACAGGAGGGAGACCGCGGCCUCCGCGCACCCCCGGCUCCCCCCCCCAUGUCCGCCGGAGUUUGCGGGAGGCGCUGAAAGUGCGGGCGGCUGGCGAGGGCGAACGACCCGGCUCCCUCCUCCGCUCCUGGCCCUGCUACUUUCUCCCCUUUCUCUCCCUUCUUCCUCUCGUUUCCCCCCCCCCUCCUCCUCCUCCCCCCUCCCCUACCCCGCUCCCCCAUCAUGUCUUUCCCCCAGCUGGGCUACCAGUACAUCAGGCCGCUUUACCCGGCGGAGCGCCCGGGGAGCGGCGGCUCCCGCGGUGGCGCCGAGCUGGCCCCGUCCGGGACCCUCUCCAACGUGCUCUCCUCCAUGUACGGCGCGCCCUACGCCGCCGCCGCCGCCGCCCAGGGCUACGGAGCCUUCCUGCCCUACGCCGCAGAGCUGCCCAUCUUCCCCCAGCUGGGCGCCCAGUACGAGCUGAAGGAGAGCCCGGGGGUGCAGCACGCCGCCUUCCCCCCCCACCACCCCGCCUUCUACCCCUACGGGCAGUACCAGUUCGGGGACCCGUCGCGGCCCAAGAACGCCACCCGCGAGAGCACCAGCACCCUCAAGGCCUGGCUCAACGAGCACCGGAAAAACCCCUACCCCACCAAGGGCGAGAAGAUCAUGCUGGCCAUCAUCACCAAAAUGACCCUCACUCAGGUCUCCACCUGGUUCGCCAACGCGCGGCGGCGGCUCAAGAAGGAGAACAAAAUGACCUGGGCCCCCCGCAGCAGGACGGACGAGGAGGGCAACUCCUACGGCAGCGACCACGAGGGGGAAGAGGACAAGAGGGAGGACGAGGAGGAGAUCGACCUGGAGAACAUCGACACCGAGAACAUCGAGAGCAACAAGGACGAGCUCGAGGACGAUCUGCAGGACGCCGACCUCCUGCACUCUGACUCCAAGACGGACUCGGAGGGAUCCGAGGGCUUCGAGGACCUGCCCGGCUCCGAGGAGCGCUACGGCAAGGCCGCUGAGGGGGAGCCGCACCACCUCCGCCACCACCACCUGCACCACCAUCACCAUCAUCACCACCAUCACAAGUGCGAGCUGCCCGCCACCGCCGCAGCCGUCGGCCCGGAGCCCCUCAAGCCACCUCUCCCACCGCCGCCGCCCCACCUCUCGCCCCCCUCCUCUGCCUCCUCCUCCGCCGCCUCCUCCCCGACGGACGGCGCUUUGGCCGGCGCCCUGCCGAAGCCAAAGAUCUGGUCGCUGGCCGAGACGGCCACCAGCCCGGACAACCCCCGCAAGUCUCCUGGCGGCGGCUCUCCGCCGGCGGCCGCCCCCAGCCGCUGCCGCUGUCCACCCCGCCGCCCCACAGACUCGUCUCCUCCUGCCCUCUGGGCAAGUUCCCCAACUGGACCAACCGCGCCUUCCCGGCCCACCACCACCACCACCCCCCGCACCCGCUGGCCUUACUGAAC